AUGAAUCAAUUUAAGGAUGUUUUCCUGGGUUUAACACGUCCAGCGGCGACAAAAGUUGCAAAUUAUCAAAAAUGCAUUCGUGUAGGUGGAAAACACAACGAUUUAUCACAAGUCGGAAAUGAUGGAAGUCAUCAUUCAUUUUUCGAAAUGCUUGGAAAUUGGUCAUUCGGUGAUUAUUUCAAGAAAGAAGCUUGUAAAAUGUCAUGGAAUCUUCUUACCGAUGUCUACAAUUUACAACCGGAAAGACUCUACGUGACGUAUUUCGGUGGUGACGAAUCUUUAGGUUUGGGACCCGAUUUGGAGGUACGAGAAAUUUGGCGGGAAAUCGGGAUUAAAGAAAAUCACAUUUUACCUUUUGGUUCAAAAGAUAAUUUUUGGGAAAUGGGUACCAUCGGUCCAUGCGGAGUUUGUACCGAAAUACAUUAUGAUCAUGUUCCAGGAAGAAAAGACGUUGGAAAUUUCGUUAACGCUGAUAGAGAUGACGUCACUGAAUUGUGGAACAUUGUUUUCAUGCAGUACAACAGGAAUGAAAAUAACGAACUUGUUAAGUUAGGAAAACAUUUUGUUGAUACGGGUAUGGGAUUUGAAAGGCUCGUGGCAACACUUCAGGGGAAAACAUCAAAUUACGACACGGAUCUUUUUUUACCUUUAUUCGAAGGAAUAAGAAAAUAUUCCAAACAUGGCGGAUAUACCGGAACCUACGACGUACGAGAUUCAAUAGAUUCAUCAUAUAGAAUAAUAGCUGAUCAUGGAAGAAUGAUAUCUGUCGCUUUAAGUGAUGGAAUGUUACCCAAUCAUCAAAAUAAAGUUAGAACAAUAAUAAGAAAAGCGUUGAGAGUAUCGAAAAAAUCAUUUAAUUGCGAUUCGGGACUUUUGAAAAAUGUUACAAAUUAUGUUGCGGAAACUUUAGAGGAUGCAUAUCCGCAAAUAGGAAAACAUCUUUCGAAAAUUCAUUUUAUAAUAGAACAAGAAGAGAAAAUAUUUAAAGAACAACAAAAUGUCGCAUUGAAAAAAUUUAAAAAAUAUAAAAAUAUUUUUCCGAAAAUAAAAAACGAGGAUAUUGAAGAUAAUCCGAAUUUGAUUUCCGGUCUUGAAUUAUUUAAAAAAUACAUAAAAGAUGGUAGAAAAAAAUUAUUAGAUGAAGAUGUUUGGAUUUUAUACGACACGUACGGAUUAUCUCCGGAAAAUACAAAAAAAUUAUCACAAAUUUUGGGUCUCGAUUUCGAUGAGUCUUCCUAUGAAAAUUAUGAAAAUAAUAAAAAAAAAAACGAAAUGAAAAAAUUAGAAAAAAAAAUAUACGAUGAAAAACAUGAGGGUGACGUCAUAGAAUCAAAAACGCAACAAAAUUUCAAUAUGGCGGACGACGUCGAACUUACAACAAAAGAUUAUUUUAAAUACGAAUAUAGAAUCGAUGGAUCGGAUAAAUAUUUAUUUUUAAAUCAACCGACUUCCGUUUUAGCAAUUAUUAUCAACGGAAAAUAUCACGAUAAAAUAUCGAUAAACGAUUUUAACGGAAAUGAAAUCGGUUUGGUUUUGGAUAAAACGCAAUUAUUUUCCGCGGAAAAAAAUAGAAAUUCGGAUUUAGGAUAUUUAAUUUUUGAUAAUAAUGAUAUUUUAUUCGAUGUGAAAAAAGUUUGUAAAUUUGGAAAUGGCGUCGUUCAUUACGGAUCAUUUACAAAAUAUCCAAGGAAUGCCGAAAUGGGGAUUCACGACACGGGGAUUUUAAUAUUAAACGAAAAUGUGAGAUUGAAUUUGAUGAAAAAUCACACGUGUCUUAAUUUAUUAAAAGGUGGAAUUAGGGAAAAAUUUCCUUUGACAUGUGAAAAAAAUUCAAUGGUCAAUCCUGAUAGUUUUACGUUAGAUUUAAUGGUUUAUAAAUUUAAAUUUGCAUUAAACGACAUAUUGGAUUUGGAAAAUUUUGUUAGGAAAAUGAUAAAAGGAGAUGUUAGCGUUAAUAGAAAACCUUUAAAUCAUUUACAAUUUUAUUAUUUAUGGGAAAAUAUUUAUUUUAAACCUGGAAUUAGUUUGAUUGAAUCUGAAAUUCCUCUCAUCGAAAUAAAUAACGGUUUUACGUUGAUAAGAGAAGUUUGUAAUGGAGCACACGUUUUAAGAACGUCUCAUUUAGAAGAUUUUACAAUAUUAAAAUUGAAAAAAAUUUCAUAUGGAGUUCAUAGGAUGGAAGGAUUAACUGGGAUCCAUGCGAAACAAAUAAGAGAAAAUGAUUUGAAAAUGGAUAAAAAAUGGAAAAUAUUAAAAGGACAAAUGGAAAAGGAUAUCGUUUCUGAUAAUUUAAAAAAAAUAACGGAUAUUAUGGAUGAAAUAAAUUCAAUGGAAUUGUCAUACGUGACCAAAUGUAAACUUUUAAACGAAAUGAACGUGGAAAAAGGAAAAAAGGAAAAAGAGGGAAAAAGGAUUUUAAUUGAUUAUUAA